UUCUUUUGCAGUGCGUACGUACCUAGUACCUAACCAAAAUGUCUGCGUUGUUUUGGUUCGUUAAAAAUAUUGGAAGAAACAUACAAUUGCCGACACAAAACCGAAAUAUUUCACUGUCUGCUACGACCUAUCUUAAAGAAAUUAUUGAGAGAAAAGAAGGGAAUAAUUUAAUAAUUGAAGCAGUAAUAAAACCGGAUGAAAAAGAAAAGCUAUUCCUAAAACCUAAACAUGGAGCCUGUCCAGUGUGUUCUGCGGGUCUCAAUAUUAAGCACACAGAUGUUCUUAUUCUUAGUCAGUUCUUAAGAUCAGAUGGUUGUAUACUACCACGUAGAAUUACUGGUCUGUGCAAAGUGCAACAAAAAAGAAUUUCUACAAUGAUUUUAAUGGCUCAAAGUGCAGGGUUAAUGCCAAAAAGGUGUUCUAAAGGAAAGUACUAUGAUCCUUCAAAUAAAGGGAGGUGGAGAAAGUUUAAUACAUAUUAUGAUGAAGAAACUAUUAGAGUUAGAUAUUUGUAAUUUAUAGAAAAAUUCAAUAAAUGUAUGUUUCAUUAGAUCAUAAAUAAAUUAAGUAUUUUCAUUA